UGACAGGCUGCCGGUCAUAGGAUGUGGGGUUACGCAUGGGGCGUGAGAAAAUAAAGUGUGGGAAAGAGUGGGCGUCGCGGUGUAGUAAAACAUUUGAUAUUGUAUGUAGUGAGCCGAACACUUACGAAUGCAUGCACCAGUAGCGGGCAUCAUUUCGUAUUGUUGUUGUGUGCGUGAUAAAUGAGUUCACAGAGCGAAAAGGUUGCAAUGUGUGAGGAAGAGACCGACGAUUGACCGGAGAUCUCGUGGGAAACGACCUUUGUUAUGUAUACUGUUAUAUAGAUUAGUUAAACAAAAAAUCAGUUCGGGAUUUUAAUUGCACGCGAUAUGGGAGUCACUGGACUGUGGCGUCUUAUUGAGCCUGCCGGCAAACCGGUGCCAGUUGAGACACUUGAGAAUAAAGUUUUAGCAGUUGACAUUUCAAUAUGGUUGCAUCAGAUGGUGAAAGGAUAUCAAGAUGCAAAAGGAGCGCCUGUUGCCAAUGCACAUCUUAUUGGUCUCUUUCAACGUCUUUGCAAAUUGCUAUACUUUAGAAUAAAACCAGUUUUUGUUUUUGAUGGAGGUUUCCCAGAGUUAAAAAAAGAAACUAUUGCUAAAAGACAAGAUAGCAAAUCAAAGUAUAAUUCUCAAUCUGAAAGACUGAAACGAGAAAUAGCUCUACUUUUAGGCAAAAAGACGGCAAUUAGUACUUUACUGGGCAAACAAAUAUCACCAAAGAAAAAUAAACAAGUUGAAAACAAUGAUAUAUUUAAAUUACCUGAAUUACCUGAACAAGAUAAAGAAUCAGAUUCUGAAUCAGAAUCAGAAGAUGACCAUAGUACAAGCACAUCAAGUGUUGAUUUACACUCGAUCGAUUUAGAAUCUGAAAAAAUAAAAAGUAUGCCCUUGAAGGAGAAAUAUGAUUUACUUGUUGAAUUAAAAGAAACAAGAAAAAUGAACUCAUGGGGAAAACUUCAUACUUUACCAAAAGACAGCAAUAAUUUCUCUAAUUUCCAAAUGGAAAGAUUACUAAAAAGAAGAAAACUUCAAGAAUGUCUUGAGGAAACUGAAAAAGAAAUGGGUGAUGGAUGUAUGUCUUUAAAUGAAUUAGAGUCUUUGCUUAAUGAAGAAGGUAUUGACACUAAAAUUGAAAAUUUGCCUAAUCGUCGCAUAGCUUCUGAUAACACCACAAGAUAUUUAUUCAUUAGCAAUGUUCAUCAAGCCUUAGCUGAUGCAAAGAAAAGAGAAAUAAAUAUCCAAAAACAGGCAGAUACUAAUGAACCUAGUACUUCAGCUAGCAUAAAUGAAUCAGAAUUAUGUAAACCUUCAGAUAAUGAAACAAGUAAAUCACCAAAACAUGAUGAAUUAGAAGAUGACUUGCAAAGAGCAAUACAAAUGUCAUUAGAAUGUAUGGAUGAAAGUGAAGCAAGCGUUUGUGCAUCAAAGACUGAUGAAUCUUGGACUUCUUAUUUAACAGAUUCGGACUACAGUGAUGACGAAAGUGAUGGCUAUGAACCGCCAGACAUGUCGUCAGCAAAAGCUUAUAUAAAGCAAUACAGUGACUUUACACAUAAAGCUAUAGAUGGUAUAGUUGCGCCGAAAGAAAAAGAUAAAAUUGAAAGAAAAAAAAUGAAAGUUGAUAAAAUAAUAGAAGAGCUUGGCCAAGAUAAAACUAUAAUUGACGAUAAUAUACAAUUACUGUCUAGUGAUGAUGAGGAUGUCAUAGAAGAGACAGUAAGUGAGAAUGCAAAUAUCAAGACAAUAGUAGAGGUAACAAAAAAUGAAAAUAUUAAAGCGGAUAUAAAAGCAACUGGUGAUAAUGUCAAUGACAUGAAUGAUACACAAGCUUCAGUUGUUUUCGUCGAAAAUUCUGAAAAUCAGUUUAUAUCACUUGAAACAAGCUUAGAUGAUGUAUCAGAAUUAAAUGACAAAAAAUUAAGUUUAGAAAAGGAAGUUCAAGAAUCAUCAAGUUCAAGUGAAGAUGAAUUUGAAGAAGUAUCAGAUAAUGAUCAGAAAAAAAAUGAUCCAGUGGUGGAAUUAACUUUGAAUAUGGGUGCGAAUAUUGAAGAUGAUAUUUUCGCGGAUAUUUUUGAUGUCAAAGAUAACAACAAGGAGAAAUCGAAUGCUACAAAUAUAUCUGAAUGUUCUGAUAAAGAAAAAAUAAAAGAAGAUGAUAAAAAUAAAUACAAUGAUGUCAAAAUACAAGAAACAGAACUAAACAAAGAAACACAAACUAAACCAACUAUUACAAAAAAAGAAGAACUUGCAGUCAGUGUAGAAAAGGGCGAUACACAAAAAAUGGUUACUGAUAGAAUAUCAAGUGAUGAAUCUGAAAAUAAAAGUACUGAAACAGAAACUGGCGAUAAACGAAAAACAAAAAGAGCCUUUGAAAAAGAAAUAAUUUCAACAGAGAAACUAAAUACAAUGGUUACUGAAAUCGAAAAUGAGGAAGAGGAGUUACUACAAGAAAAAGGGCGCUUAGACCGAAUAGGUCGUAAUAUAACUGAAGAAAUUACAAAGGAAGCACAAGAAUUGCUCCGAGUUUUUGGUAUUCCAUACAUUGUAGCACCUAUGGAAGCAGAAGCGCAAUGUGCUUUUCUAGAAAAUGUGAAACUAACAGAUGGCACAAUUACGGAUGAUAGUGAUAUAUGGCUUUUUGGAGGCCAAACUGUUUACAAAAAUUUCUUCAAUCAGAAAAAACAUGUUCUUCAGUAUCUAAGUGAGAGGAUCGAAAAAUCUUUUAACUUAACGCGUGAGCAAUUAAUAUUAUUAGCUCUCUUGGUUGGUAGUGAUUACACAACCGGAGUGACUGGUGUUGGUCCAGUUACUGCACUAGAAAUAUUAGCAUCAUUUCCAUUUAAUAAGAAAAGAUUACUUAAAGAAUGUCCAAAUAAGCAGGCCCUUUAUCAAGAAAUUGUUACUGGUUUACAAGAAUUUAAGAAAUGGGUAAAAGCUGGAAAACGAACCGACAAUGUUAACUUAAAGAAGAAAUUGAAAAAUGUUACAUUGACUGAUGAUUUUCCAAGUGUGAGGGUAGUUCAGGCAUACAUGGAACCAAAUAUAGAAAAAAGUGAAGACAAAUUUACAUGGGGUAAUAUUGAUAUAACAAUACUAAGAGACUACACUAAAGCUAAGUUUGGCUGGUCACAAAAUAAGCUAGAUGAAAUUAUAAAGCCUGUUUUAAAGAGAUUACUUGAGCGAAAAAAUCAAAAAACAGUCCACGAUUAUUUUAAAAGAAAAAUUGAAAUUGAAACAUUAGAAAAUCAAAUGAGCAAAAGAGUUAAAGCUGCAGUACACAAAAUGGGUCCAUCAUCUGAAAAUAUUGAUGAACAGACAGAAAAAACAGAAAAUGUUGCAAAACCAAAGAAAAUAAUUGUUAGUAAUAAAAAAACCAGUGGCUCUAAAGGACCAAAAGCCAAGAGAAGCAAAAAUGAUGAAACAGCGCUUAUUGAUGGAGUUGUUAAAACAUCUACAUCAAAGGAUACUGAAAAUAAAUUCGAUAUAACUGUGCCUAAGACGGGAAGAUUCCAGGAGAUAAUACCUCAAAGGGAAAAAGAUAAACAGAACUUAUUAGAAAAUAAAUUGAAAGCUAUAGAAAUGUUUCGAAAAACUAAGAUUGAUACCAAGAGAAAGACAACAAAAAGGAAGCUUCCGGUGCCUAAAGAUAAAGCAGAGUUAUCCGAAAGUAGUGACAGUGAUUAGUAAAUUUAUGACAGUGAAAGUAAUUAAAAAAAAAAAAUUGUAUUGCUUAAUUUAUUUUAAUCAACAUGCAAAUUAAACAAUGUUUUGUAUCAUAAUAUCUUGUGGCUGUGAAUUGGCGUAUUCUUUAAAUAAAAUAAGUUUUUAAAAUAGUCAA